AUGGCACCCAAGCACAGCCUGGAUACGCCCCCUGGGCCCUCUUGCACCAGGAAGCGGGAGCGCAAAACCACACCUACAAUCUUGAAGAGAACUCAUCAAGCAAAUUUUGAUCGCCUCUGCGCCUUACACAACUGGACUCCAUCUGAAGCUGCUCGCGACAAAUUUGCCAGACUCUUGCACCUCUCGGGCAAAAGAUUACAAGCAAGUGAGCUGCUACCGCUCGCAUUCGUCCAACAUUACCCUUUCAUCUGGAUGAAUGAUCUUCUCCUUCUUGGCUACGAUGAGUCUGAUGUCAGUGUCUGGUUCAGAGCUUAUCCCACGGGCAGAGGAAUCGCAAGAGGUCACUACUACAAUUCGCUGAAGGUGAGCAUCGCUGGCAAGAAUAUCAUUACACAGUACUGGCAAUCGUGGAUUGGUGUUUUUGACAUUGAGCAAAGAGGGCAAGAUGGAAUGCAUGAGUUCUUCACUGGUGUCUACCUCAUCCUCAAGGACUUCCCGAACUUACGUUACAAGACUGCCCAAAAAGGAAAACAGUUUGCAAGAGAUCCCCAGAAUAUCAUACGCACGACUGGAAUUGCAGAAUAUCCCUUCAAUGAUGACCACCUUUUCAUGCAAGAAGAGUCUGACGGGAUAACCGACCCCAACGACUACGCGCCAGGAGAUGAUGACCAAGGAGAUCGCGCUACUAAGGAACAAGAGGACAACAACUUCAGCAAGCAAGAGAAAAUAGUCUCGCACGACGAUUCUGAGCGUUCCACUCCUCUCUCUUCAAUACUAUCGUCACCGCAAGAGUCACGUGCUGUUCCGUACGAAAUGAUCACUGCUUCCUCACUUCCUUUAAGCAGGCACGCCACAAACGCAUCAACAAGCACACAAAACCAUCAAGAACAACCAAACCCUCCCACCCACCAGUCACAGUCGCAGCAUCCGCAUCAGAUGGUAUCCGACCCCCAAGUGGAGCCAGACGAGCAAGCCGCACCCGACGAGAGCCGCUUGCGCGCACGAAAGAAUGGAAGAACAUCUCUGCUUGAGCAACCCUCGGUACGCUCUAUCACCCGCGCCCACAGGCGCAGUCUCGUCUCGAAUCUCGUGUCUCUGCCGUAUGAGUCUGUAGCGGCAAAGCAAACAGGCAAGAACGCAAAGCAUGAUGAUGAGAAAGUCCCCUACAUUCUCCCAUCGAAGCAACCUCGUUCGCGCAUCGGCUUUCUUGCCUCGAAUGCCACCUCCUCAAACCACGCGGCCGGAGACGCACGCGAAGAGGCACAGAAACGUGGCAUCGAUGCCCUUCAUUCUCAGACACCUUCCGCCAUCCACACGGACCAGCCAUCGUUUGAGCAAGAAACCGACUCGCAAAGGCCCCUCCCGGUUGAAGGCUGGGCAAGAGCAAGAGAGCGAAGAUGGAUGAACGGAAGUCUCGCUCACCAGACGUCAGAGCGACCUCCGCCUCGUCCCUCUCCACGCACUUCUGAAAUAUCCGCCACAACGCGAGUCGAGACAACACCUAACAUACAAGAGAUUGUGGCACCAGAAAGCGUCCUGACGACCUCAUCCAGUGCACCACAAGUCAAAGAGUACAUCGCUCGCGUGCCUGUCGAGGAGCCAAGAUGGUCAACCACUGAUUUCAACUUUGCGUUUGCGACUCCUGUGCAGACUGUUCCUGAAGGACCAACUCCUGCGGCAUCGCCAUCGAACUUGGGUCAUCCGUCGCUGAGGACAGUCGAUACCGUGCCCGCUCAGCCCCUGGAGGAAGUAUUCAAGGAGGAAGAUAGCGAAGAUACCGAAGAGGAACAAAUGACUGAGAUGGCAGAUAUGGAAGCUGAUUGGGGCGACGAGUCAAUCUUCUCAGCGGCUCUCUAA